ACUACAACUUUUUUCACAGCCACAACCCAACCAAACAGACCCUAAGCUUCUCUUCCCCUAUUUUCAGUCUGAGAUUUCCCGAUUAGAAGAUGAUAUAAAUCGGUUGCAUGACCAGCUAAGAAAGGCUGGAGUUGAUCUGGAUGAUAAUCCAGUAGUAAGCAACAAGAAUUCCAGAAAAGAUCUUGUAGUAGAAAUUGAUCCUGUCAAUAAUGAAAGACGGGAAAAAGUUAAAGAGGCAAUGCUCCAUGCUUGGAGUUCUUAUGUUAAGUAUGCCUGGGGAAUGGACGAGCUUCAGCCACAAUCGAAGAAUGGUAUCAACAGCUUUGGUGGUCUUGGAGCAACCCUUGUUGACUCACUUGAUACCCUAUACAUAAUGGGCCUGAAAGAUGAAUUUCAGAAAGCUAGAGACUGGGUGGCAGAGUCAUUAGACUUUGACAAGGAUUAUGAUGCGAGUGUUUUUGAAACGACCAUAAGGGUUGUUGGAGGCCUGCUUAGUUCAUACGAUCUAUCUGGUGAUAAAGUAUUUCUUGAUAAGGCUAAAGAUAUUAUAGAUCGACUCUUACCUGCUUGGGAUACAACAUCUGGCAUCCCUUAUAAUAGAAUAAACCUAGCUCAUGGACGAGCCCUAAAUCCUGGAUGGACUAACGCAAUUGCUGAGAUCAAUUAGUAUGGAAGAUCCAAAGGUGAAGACGAACCAGGAAGCUAUCAGUCUCAUGAAGUCAAUCAAGGAUCCCCAGGCAGCAGCGAAGUGAAUAAGUGAUUGACCACUAAAGCGUUGGUAAUGAAGAUCAAGGAUGAUAUCUCUUGCGUUGUCAUCUAUUUCCACUGCCGAGUUACCCUCUCCAAGAUACCGUGUUUGUUCAGCAAAUUGUAUUGGAGUGGAAAUCACAUGCUUGUUACAGGUUAUGAAUAUUUUGAGAAGGAAGGCAAUCGAGCUAUUGUAAUAGAUGAAUUAGCUUCUGAAUUGGGCCUCAGCCCUUCAGUGCCACUACAUGUUGUUCUGUAAGAUUGGAUCAGGCAUACGGAUGGGAAAUUAAGUUUUCUUGGAUUUGUCAAGUUGUUGCAUGGCAUGUCCAGCAGGUCCCUAUCAAAGAUGAGAUAGUUGUCGAUAAUCUCUAACGACAGCGCAUGUUUACACCGUCCUGUUGACUUGGUUCACAGGCAAAUUAACAUGGUUAAAGAA